UUUAUUGUGGACACUGAGAGACGUUAGUGGCAGGGAAUAGGGUUUCAGCAGUAAGCCACAAGGUGAAGUAUGGUCAGAAAAAGUCACUUUUAGUUCUUCUGCACACAUUUCUCACUGAGCACGACUGAAAGGGAAGCAUGAAUGACACUGGAGCAAACGUAGAAGGAGGGAGAAUAGAAGAAGCCGGUAGAGAUAACAACACAGACAUUAUCUGCCAGACUGAAAAGAGCCAGAGUUGCUUCCCCAAAAUCAUCAAGAAACGAGUGUGCAACACCUUUGUAGAAGAUUCCUUCAGUAAUGGUGCAUUGUGUCAGUGCGGGGCUGCGAGAGAUGACCAUGCCUCUGUGGCUGUUGGAGACUAUUUCAGCACAGCCAUCGUGAACCAGUGGAAAAGUGUGCAGCACUCCUCUGAACAACCAACUGAUGCCUUUGGAGAGGUGCAGUUUGCAGGAGCCAGCAAGAGGCACAGCUAUUUCCUGCGCCUGUCAUGGAGCACUGAGCCUUCGGUGGUGUACAACAUAUUGACAACCCAUUGGCAUCUUCCUCUACCCAACCUGGUUGUUUCUGUUGUGGGUGGAAAUAGCAGGACACAGAUAAAGACCUGGGUACGGGAGGUCCUCAGACAGGGACUGGUGAAAGCGUCACAAAGCACAGGUGCAUGGAUCUUAACUACAGGUCUGCGUGAAGGUGUUGGCAGGUGUGUCGGACAGGCAGUGAGAGAUCAUGCAGCUGCAGCAUCUUCAGUCUCCCUCAACAAGGUGGUAGCGUUGGGCAUUGCUCCGUGGGGCCUUGUGAAAAAACGAGAGCAGCUGGUCAACCCUCAGGGAAGCUUUCCUGCAAAGUACUAUGUCCACAACAUUUCCCGGGACUCCUGCUACCUGGACAACAACUACCAGGCCUUCCUGCUGGUGGAUGAUGGUAGUGUGGGCCGCAGAGGAGGAGAAACAGAUUUCAGAGCCAGAUUGGAGGAAUACAUUUCCCAGCAGCGCACAGGCAUAUGGGGAAGUGGCAGCAUUGACAUCCCUGUCCUUUGUAUGCUGAUAUCAGGGGAAGCAGACACGCUGAAGAGAAUGGAUCUCUCUCUGAAAAACUUUAUCCCCUGGCUGGUUGUGGCUGGCUCAGGAGGCUUGGCUGAUUUCCUGAGUGAUGUCUUGGAGAACCUGUCUUCAGCUCCAACUGUGCCGUCCUCUGGUGAAGGCAACAAUGAGGCUCUUAAAGCUCCCAAGGUGGAUCUCAAAGACAGAGUGGCAGAACGGUUUAAGAAGCAUUUUCCUUCAGAAACAGAGACUGACAAACUAGUUGAACAGGCUUUGAGCAUUUACCAGAACAGACAUUUUAUUACAGUCUACCACGGAGAGCACGAGAGUCCAAAUGACUUUGACACAGUCCUGCUUAAAACACUUGUGGGAGCAAGUAAGCAACAAUCAUCAGCUGAGGACAAUCCUUAUACUGAUGAGCUGAAACUAGCAGUAACGUGGAACAGGGUUGACAUUGCCAAGACUGAACUCUUCAAUGGAGACAUCCAGUGGAAGUACGAAGAUUUGGAGGACUCAAUGACAGAUGCGCUGAUCAACAACAAGCCCCAGUUUGUUCGGCUUUUCAUUGAGAAUGGUUUGAAUAUCCUGGAGUACCUAACUUAUGGCAGGCUGGAAACCCUCUAUCGCUCUGUGCCAGAUGGGAGCUUACUAUAUCAGCUGCUACAGCGCUGCCUAGCAGAGCGGCUGGCAAUAGUGGAGCGUCACUCACCAUCAGAACAACAGAAUUCAUCCUCAAAAGUGGUGACAGAUAACAAUCAGAGCAGACCAGUGAAGGAGGUCACCCUUUUUGAGGUGUCAGAGGUCCUGGAGCUGUUAAUGGGUGAUGUCUGCCAGCCUUUCUACUACAGAGCUUUGGGCUUUCAGUUCACUUCAUCCAAAAGGAUGUCUCUGAAGCGUGCCAGUAAGGUUCUGCGUGGACGUUGCAUGUAUCAGGACCUGCCCUGCCCUCAUCCCUGGGCUUCACUCUUCCUCUGGGCUGUACUGCAAAACCGCAGUGAGAUGGCCCUUUAUUUCUGGGAGAUGGCAGGUGAGGCAGUCCUGAGUGCUCUUGGUGGCUGUAAAAUACUCAGAGAACUGUCCAAACUUGACGAAGAAACUGAAACCAAACUCUCCAUGAAAGAACUGGCCCAGAAGUUUGAGAACCUGGCUCAUGAUAUCUUCAGCUCUUGCUAUCGGAGUAAUGAACACCGUUCCUUCACCCUGCUAAUUAGGAAGUCUCCUGUCUGGGGUCACAGCACCUGUCUUCAGAUGGGCGUGAGUGCUGACGCUCGGCUUUUCUUCAGUAACGAUGGCGUACAGUCUCUGCUCUCCCAUAUCUGGUGGGGUGAUAUGAAGAGGAAAACAGAGGUCUGGAAGCUCCUGCUCACUUUCUUCUGCCCCAUCCUCUGCUACACCAAUCUCAUCUCUUUCAGAAAACAAGAUAAUCAGUUGGAAGAGGAGGAAGGAAUUCCUAAUGAGGAUGGGCCAGACCAGGACACUAACAGUCUCUAUGGGACCACCGUCUUCUCUUUCGCUGAAAUCAAACACCACAGUGACGUUGAUUCAGAAGUUCACAGGAGUGGUACUAUUAAAGGUGUACCUUACCGACCACCACAGCGUCCAUUCAUAGUGUCACGCUGGUGUCAGUUCUGGUUUGCACCGGUCACCUCUUUUCUGGGCAACGUCCUGAUGUACUUCCUGUUUCUCUUGUUUUUCGCCUACGUGCUGUUGGCUGAUUUCAAGCCCCCACCACCCUCAGGUCCAGGUGCUGCUGAGUGUGUGUUGUACUUCUGGGUAUUCACCCUCGUUUGUGAGGAGAUACGACAGACAAUUUUUUUGGGGACGAUGACUUGGCGUCAAAGGUUCAGACUCUACAUUAAGGAUGUGUGGAAUAAAUGUGACCUCACUGCCAUCAGCCUGUUCAUUAUAGGACUAAUCUGCAGGAUGUUCCACUUGUCACAUGAAUUUGGCCGGGAUAUGCUUUGUUUGGACUACAUGGUCUUCACCCUUCGACUCAUUCACAUUUUUGCCAUUCACAAGCAGUUGGGGCCAAAAAUCAUCAUUGUAGGAAAGAUGAUAAAGGAUAUCUUCUUCUUCCUCUUCUUCCUGGGUGUAUGGCUCAUGGCGUAUGGAGUUGCCAAUCAGGCUCUGAUCUACGCCUAUGAUCCAAACCCGAAUCGCAUUUUUCGGAGAGUUUUCUACAGGCCAUACUUGCACAUCUUUGGACAGAUCCCUGUGGAAGAGAUGGAUGUGGGCAAGGACUGGGAUAUCACUUGUACACACAAUGUGACUUUGAUUGAGAGCGGUGAAGAGCCGUGUAGAAAUCAUGAGAGUAACUGGCUGGUAGUGAUUCUGCUAGUCGUAUAUCUCCUGGUCACCAACAUCCUGCUCAUCAACCUGCUUAUUGCCAUGUUUAGCUACACUUUCUCUAAAGUGCAGGAACACAGUGACAUCUACUGGAAGUUCCAGCGUUACAACCUGAUUGUUGAGUACCACUCCCGUCCUGCUUUGGCUCCUCCUUUCAUUAUCCUCUCACACAUCAACCUCUUCAUCAAGAGGGUCAUCCGCAAAGUGCCCUCUGUAAAGAUUCACCACUUUGUGUUAGACUUGGAAGCAAAGGCAGCUAACAGAUUAUCAACGUGGGAAACGAUUCAGAAGGAAGACUUCCUGACUGCUCAAAACAAGAUCCAGAAAAGCAGCGACUCAGAAAGGCUCAAACGGAUGUCUGCCAAGGUAGAUGGUGUGCUUAAACAUCUGAGUGAAAGCAGAGACUUCGAACACAGGCUACGGUCUCUGGAGAAUCAGAUGGAUUAUUGCUCUAGUGCCCUCAGCUGGGUUGUGGAUACUUUAGCACAAGGAAGCACAUUCAAACCUCCUCGCCCUCCACCUGCAUCACGAGACGUGGUACCCUCCCCUUGCAGCUCAACUUGAUUAAAUGACACUUUAAAUCAAGGAGAACACCUUCACUCAUGUUCUUUUGACAACUUCUGUUGCAGUCUGCCACCAUGAGCCUCACUGAACUGUUACCAAUGCUUAUAAAAGCAGAAAAAAAGCAAAAAAAGAAAAGUAUUUAGCCUAUGCCAUG